AAUCUAACCUUUCCUACCUUUAUAGCUAAGUAGCCCCUAACACCGCAUCACCAUGGUUCGAAUGGAUGUGUUGAACGACGCUCUGAAGUCGAUUUAUAACGCAGAGAAGCGUGGCAAGCGACAGGUCCUUAUCAGACCCAGCUCUAAAGUUAUCAUCAAAUUUCUAACUGUUAUGAUGAAACACGGUUACAUCGAUGAGUUCGAAGUAGUUGAUGACCACAGAGCCGGCAAGAUUGUCGUUAUGUUAAAUGGUCGAUUAAACAAGUGCGGAGUUAUCAGUCCAAGGUUCGACGUGUGUGUCACUGAUAUCGAAAAGUGGACAACCAAUCUGCUUCCUUCUCGUCAGUUCGGAAAACUCGUUCUGACGACGUCUUCCGGAAUUAUGGAUCACGAAGAAGCAAGGCGGAAACACACUGGAGGCAAAAUUCUCGGAUUCUUCUAUUGAUUUGAGAUUAAAUUAUUUCAGUUUUAACAAAUAAUAA